AUGGUUACAGUAUUACAGCCAAAGACCAAAGGUGGACGAAUAACUUAUCAUAUUAGAAGUUUACCUGAAACUUUUUUGUCGAUAUACCCCCCGAUAAAUGAAGGUCCGGAGAGUAGAGUGGAGGGAGCACAAAGAAAUUUUUUUCUUAACUAUAGAAAAAAUGAUCUUUCAAAGUAUUUGCCUGAAAUGUACAAAUGGGGUGAAGAGGUAGAUGCUUAUUCACCUCAUCCAAAAUUAAUACCCAGUCAUCGAAAACAAAGAUGGGAAGAAAUGUUUUCAAAGCCUAAUAUUAAAUUAACAUUUAAAGAUCAAAAUAAAAUAAAAGAUAUCGAUGAUUUUUAUAUUUUAUGUCAAUUUCAAAGACAAUACAGCAAUGACAAUACAGGUCAUUUGCAUCCUAUGGACUAUUUCGAAAAGGAUAUACAUUCUUGGUCACCUCCACCUGAUUUAAAUUCAACAUAUGUACAAUUCCCAGAAAUGUAUGUUAAAUACAAACAACCGCUUUUGCUACCAUUGACAAAUAAAAAACCUUGGAUAGAACCAUUUGAACCAUUUAGAAGACUAGUAGGAAAACGUGAUCCUUAUCCAGAUCUUAAAUUUCCAAGAUGA